UCUGCCUGAGCAGUCGAGCACCCCUGCAGAUGAUUCUGAGACAACGCAUGCAUCUUCCACAGUCUCUGCUUCAGGUACCAUGAAGAUCUCCACAGCUGCAUCCCUCACCGUCAUCCUCGUUGCAGCCGCCCUCUGCACCCCCGCACCUGCCUCCCCAUAUGGCUCGGACACCACUCCCUGCUGCUUUGCCUACCUCUCCCUCGCACUGCCCCGUGCCCACGUGAAGGAGUAUUUUUACACCAGCAGCAAGUGCUCCAACCUUGCAGUCGUGCCCGGGACCAGAGACUGGAAAAAUCAGAAGGUGAAGGAGGCAGUGUCUUUGAGGAGACAGGUGAAGGGGAAGUCAGAUGGACAGAGGGCCCCACAAAUGCAGGAAGGAAGGGAAGACUUAGCAAAGGAGAUAUGCCCUUUGGUAUCACAUACUAUGUCAAGGAGGAGGAAAUGGAGCCUGGGUGAGCUUGAGAGCUGGGGUUGGUAUCCUAGACUUUUGACUCCCUGGCUACAUGCUCAGAGUGCCAAGAGUAGAGACUAGGCAGUCUUAGAGUUCCCUCUUAAUUUCCUUAACUCAACUGAUUUAAGUAAAUCAAUACUCGACUUCUUUAAAUUCAUCACUUAGCAUAAGGCCUGGAGCAAAGAAAAGGGGGCCAAGAAAAGGCCAGUGCUUGGCUCACUCAAUGCUGGGUUCCAAACCUGUGUAUACUUGUAGGGAAUUAACAUAAAUAGAGCUCUGCAUGUAGCUCGGUGCCUUUAGUUCCAAAGAAGAAUUAUCCUCUAAAAGGAAGAAGGCAGCAAGGAGCUACAAAAAUGCCCUACCCAGCUCCCAUAACCUUUAUGCUUUUCCAUCCCCGUACACCAAAGGCUGCCCGGUUUUAACCUUUCUCU